GAGAUGACGUCACGCUGCAGAUGCGCUCAAGCGGCCGCAGUUUGAAACAACCAGGAAGAGAGAGAUUAAAAUUAACAAACAAACAAAUGAAUGAAUAACUAAAUACGCGACAGAGUAAAUACAUUCUGAGGAUGAUAAAAGGCUAUCUUUAGACCUCGUGAGGGAACCGCUGUGGCCAUGCCCCCGAUGAAGGACGCCCGGCUGGGGGCCUCCACCUUCUUUGCUUCGGCCCUCCCGCACGACAUCUGCGGCAGCAACGGCCUGCCGCUCACCCCCAACUCCAUCAAGAUCCUCGGGCGCUUCCAGAUCCUCAAGACUGUCUCGCACCCACGGCUCUGCCGGUACGUGGACAUCUCCAGAGGGAAGCACGAGCGGCUCAUUGUGGUGGCGGAACACUAUGAGCGAAGCCUGGAGGAUUUCCAGAGGGCAGGCAAACCAGUCAGUCAAGACAAGGUGCUGCAGGUGGCGUACGAGAUUCUGGAGGGCCUGGAGUUUAUGAACAAGCACGGCAUGAUGCACAGGGCGCUCGCACCACGCAACGUCCUUAUGGAUUGCCGGGGCAAUGUAAAGCUUGCCAAAUUUGGCCUGUACCACAUGACCAACCACGGUGCAGAUGUUGACUUCCCAAUCGGGUACCCCUCAUACCUGGCUCCAGAGGUCAUUGCCAAGGGCCCUUCUCGCCCCAGCGACUGCUCACACGGGGAGCUCCCUCGGCCGUCCGGACCCAAAGUGGAUGUGUGGUCCCUGGGCAUCCUGCUGUUUGAGCUGUGUGUGGGAAGGCGACUGCUGCAAAGUUUUGACAUAAGCGAGAGACUGAAGUUCAUUCUGACUUUAGGCUGCAUGGACGACAUCGUCACGGUGCUUGCUGAGGAGCACGGGUGUUUGGACGUCAUCAAGGAGCUGCCCGAAAAUGUUCUGACUUUAUUAAGGAAAUGCCUCACGUUUCAGCCAUCAAGACGGCCCACCCCGUCAGAGCUGCUCAAGGACCCUGCACUGCAGGAAGUCUCCCAUCUCUACACGCCCUUCCGCAAACCCGUGAGCCUGUUCUCCUCCUCCCUGCGCUGUGCCUACCUGGAGCUCCCAGAGGACAUCAGUGAGCUCUGCCAAGAUGAAGGAGAGGAGUACCUGGCGGAGAGGUCUAUCGAGGAGGUGUACCACCUGUGGUGCCUGGCGGGGGGUGACCUAGAGAAGGAGCUCACCAACAAGGAGAUCAUCCAGUCCAAACCACCCAUCUGCACACUGCCCAACUUCCUGUUAGAAGACGGCGAGUGCUUCGGCCAGGGGCGGGACAGGAGCUUCCUCCUGGAUGACACCACCAUCACCCUGUCCCUGUGCCAGCUCAAAAAUAGGCUGAAGGAUGUUACUGGGGAAGCGUAUUACCCACUUUUGGAUGAUGAGCAGUCCAGCCUCCCGCAGUCCAACAGCAGCUCCGAGCUGUCGGCCGCCGUCGCUCUGCCGCUCGUCAUCCGCGAGAGGGACACGGAGUACCAGCUUCUGCGCAUCGUCCUCUUCGACAGGCUCCUGCAGGCGUACCCUUAUAAGAAGAACCAGGUGUGGAAGGAGGCAAGGGUGGACAUCCCUCCCCUGCUGCGAGGCCUGACAUGGGCUGCAUUGCUGGGGAUCGAGGGGGAUAUCCAGGCCAAAUAUGAUGGGAUCGACAAGGACACUCCUAUUCCUACCGACAGGCAGAUUGAGGUGGACAUCCCACGAUGCCACCAGUACGACGAGCUGCUGUCGUCGCCACAGGGCCACAUGAAGUUCCGUCGGGUGCUCAAGGCCUGGGUGGUGUCCCAUCCUGACCUGGUCUACUGGCAGGGAUUGGACUCUCUUUGCGCACCCUUCCUGUACCUGAACUUCAACAACGAAGCUCUGGCCUACGCCUGCAUGUCUGCUUUCAUCCCCAAGUACCUGUACAACUUCUUCCUGAAGGAUAACUCGCACGUCAUUCAAGAGUACCUGACCGUCUUCUCCCAGAUGAUCGCCUUUCAUGACCCUGAGCUCAGCAACCACCUCAACGAGAUCGGAUUCAUACCAGACCUUUAUGCCAUUCCGUGGUUCCUGACCAUGUUUACACACGUGUUCCCGCUCCACAAGAUCUUCCACCUGUGGGACACGCUGCUGCUGGGCAACUCAUCCUUCCCAUUCUGCAUCGGCGUGGCCAUCCUGCAGCAGCUGCGCGACCGCCUGCUGGCCAAUGGCUUCAACGAGUGCAUACUGCUCUUCUCUGACCUGCCAGAGAUUGACAUUGAGCGGUGUGUGAGGGAAUCCAUCAACCUGUUCUGCUGGACCCCGAAGAGCGCCACCUACAGGCAGCAUGCUCAGCCACCCAAGGUCGCAGGAGACAACAAUGGCUUUGGCAAGACGCCCUCCUACUACUCGUCCGACUACCAGGACCUGCCCAAGACUGACCUGUCCCGUGAACCCCUCAAGCUAAGUGAGCUGAAGGCUGAGUCAUCCCCUCGCAUCUCCGCAGAAGACCUCAUUGACCUCUGUGAGUUGUCAGGGUCUGGACACUGCAAGGCCCCUACCAAGAAGACCAAGUCCAGCAAGCCCAAGAUCCUGGCUGUGGACAUCCGCAGUAGCGAGGACUUCAGUCGCGGCCACAUCCCCGGCAGCAUCAACAUCCCGUACAGCACAGCCUUCGGGCCGGACGGCGAACUGGUCCAGUGUCCAGCCACCAGCACGCUGCAGAGUUUUCGUGGCCGUGUCAUCGUGAUCGUGAGCCACGCCGUGAUGAGGGCCGCCACGUUCGCAGCCCACCUGGUGAAGGUCAACUACCCGCGCGUCUGCAUCCUGGAUGGAGGCAUCAACAAGAUGAAGUUCACCGGCUUGCUGACUGUGCCAUCCCCGCAAAUAUAAGCUGUCAAUCAUCUUCCGCUCAUGUUUUUCCAAGAACAGGCAUUUCAGACAAAUAGCUGUUGUUUCUGAAGAUCAGUUAUCAGGGGAAAAAAGUGAAGCAUCUUUGUUUUAUUUUUACAUUGACUUGAUUUAAGUAACUUCAGUUUUUUGUACAAUUUCAUAACUUCCGACUGUUGAUUUAUCAAUCAGUGGUUGACAACUUUAGGAACAUUUACUAAAUCCCUUCUCUUUCAUAGUCCACAAGUCUAUA